ACCUUGCUUCUCAUUAAUUGGAGAAAGGUUCAGGGCCAAUUCGGGAUAUCCGAAUAUGCUAUAUUGCUACUAAUCCUCUCUUAAUUAUGCUCUAAUGGAUUCAUCACUACCCUUUUCCUGAGGAAUAUUAUGUUAAUACACCUUUCUUUAUAAGUAUCAGCGUGUGUCAAAGAAAGAAUAAAUUUGGAGGAUUUGGUAUUUGUUGUGUUUGAUCUCAAUGUUCCCCCAUCAUUUAUGUUUUGAAAAAAUUACAACAUAUAAAUACGUUCCUUUAUAGCUAGUCUUCAACUCUUUCUUAUCAUGGCUAUCCUUUGUUCUUCUAAUACAUCAAAUCCUAAUUGUAUAUAAUAUCAAACCUUACACCUGCCAAAGUUCAUUGACAUUUCAUUUUUGCUAGCAGUAGCUUCUGAUUUUCAUCACAGUUAGAUUAUAUAUCAGAUUGAAAAAAAUAUGUAGGCAAAUUUACAUAAGUAAACCACAAAUAUUGUAACAAAAUCAAAUUCCAAAACAAUGCUAUGCAUUUAGUAUUAUUGUUGAAUCUGGUAGUGUACAGCUUCACAUAAAAUCCCUUUAUACUUUUGUAUGUCUUUUUUGUUGUGUCAUUUGGGAGAGAAAAUUUUGUUUGAAAAUUGAGGAGCAAUUUGAAGCACAUACAUGAUGGCUACAGAACCUCAGAGGGUAGUGGUGAUCCAAGAUGCAUCAAGAGAUGUUAGUUUAAAGGCAAUUCUUAGGGCCCUGAGAAAGUUAUCAGUUAAGGCUGGAGAUCAGCUUAUAAUUGUUGCUGUUCUUGAUUGGAUUAGCAGUCCUAGUACGUUUUCUUUUUUCAGAAGAAAGAGUUUGGGUUACAUGGUGAAAGUUGAUUCCAGUUCAAUUAUUUCAACAAACCAGAAAGUUAUUGAGAAACAUACCAGAAGAAAAGAAGACUAUCUUUUGAACCGGAAAAUUAAGGAGCUCAUCCAGUAUUGUAAAAUGAAUGAGAUUGGACUCCAAAUAGAAGUUCCUCUGGGCCUUCCUGUAGAAGUUGCUUCCAAUGCUGCCCAGGAUUUUCAGGCAACAAGUUUGAUACUUGUUAGACAAAUGCACAAAGAUAUGAAGGAGCUCAUGGACAUGCUCCCUUGUGGCAUGUAUAGGAUAACAAGUGACAAUUCAAUCGAGAAGUUGAAAGAUCCAAAAUCAACAGCCAUCAGCAAAUCACUUGCAGAUAGGCAAGAAAAUGUAAGCUAUAAAGAAAUGUUUCCAGGAAGUGAAGAGGAAGCACGUUCUCUUCAGAUGUCUAGGUCUUCAUCAAGUGAUCUGUUGGCAUCAGCUGUUUCAAGUCAAUGGAGUACUGAAGCCUCAACUUCCAGUCUCGGAAGCUUGCGGUAUGGUCGCCAAAAACACCAAGACGGGAAGUUUUAUUCAAAUAUAGAACAAGUAACAUUAGGGAACCAAUCACUAUUUCACAUUUCGGAGAAUCAAGAAACACACCAAAUAGAAGUAAACCAAAAGGAACAGAACAAUGAAACAUCGCAUAUGGAGGAAGAAUUUACAAAUUCAAUUUGUUCUGUGUGCAAUAAUAGACGACUGAAAAUUGGAUGGAAGAGAGAUUUCAGUUAUGUAGAGCUCUACAAUGCUACACAGGGAUUUUCUCCUAAGAAUUUUCUAUCGGAAGGUGGAUUUGGAUCUGUCUUCAAGGGACAGCUUAAUGGAAUCAAGAUUGCUGUCAAGCAGCAUAAAAAUGCAAGCUUCCAAGGAGAGAAAGAAUUUAAGUCUGAAGUAAAUGUUCUUAGCAAAGCAAUACAUGAUAAUGUGGUCAUGUUGCUUGGUUCAUGCUCAGAAGGAUAUAAUAGGCUUCUUGUUUAUGAAUAUGUCUGCAAUGGCUCACUUGACCAACAUCUGUCAGAACACUCUCGCUCCCCUCUUAAUUGGAAGGAUAGGAUCAACGUAGCUAUUGGAGCUGCCAAAGGCUUACUCUACUUACACACGAACAACAUAAUACAUAGAGAUGUGAGGCCAAACAAUAUCCUUAUAACACAUGAUCAUCAACCAUUGCUGGGAGACUUUGGGUUGGCAAGAAAUCAAAAUCAAGACUCAAUACACUCGACAGAAGUUGUUGGAACUUUCGGGUAUUUGGCACCUGAAUAUGCAGAACACGGCAAAGUGUCAACCAAAACAGAUGUAUAUUCUUUUGGGGUGGUUCUACUACAGCUAAUAACUGGAAUGAGAACUACAGAUAAAAGACUUGGAGGAAGAAGUCUUGUGGGAUGGGCAAGGCCACUUUUAAAAGAUAGGAACUAUCCAGAUCUAAUUGAUGAAAGGAUCCUUUAUUCUCAUGAUGUCCAUCAACUAUUUUGGAUGGUGAGAAUAGCAGAGAAAUGUCUAAGCAGGGACCCUCAGAAGAGACUAAAUAUGAAUCAGGUUGUUGAUGCUUUGACUGACAUUGAGCAAGGCAGAACAUGUGACACCAUAAUAAGGGAUUACUCUCCUGCAAGGUCAGAUUCAUUCUAUGGUGCAUCAGACUGUGAUGAAUAUGAAGAUGAAAUGCAAGGAUCCUUCGAGAUCGAAGGCGAGUUACAAACUCACAGUUCAGAAUCCACAGCAAGUAAUUGCUUAAGUCAAAUGAUGCAAAUGAUUGUAAGACAGCCACCAUCUCCUCCAGUUAAGAGCAUCUCUUCAAGUUGCUCAAGCUUAUUUAAGUUUAUUGAAGAAUCAACCUGUCAUGUAGAAGCACAGAAUGAAGAGAAUUCAGAAAUAACAAAAUCCAAUGAGGUGUUACACAAUUGUUAGAUGGUAGAGUAGCAUAUAACUAAAGUAAGGGAUAAUAUUUCAGUUUAGUUCCUUUAAAUAAAUAAAGUUUCCACUUGUCAAAGUGGAUAUUAUGUGAUAGAAUAUGGUUCCUCAGUUAGCUUCUGUAAUAAAAUAUAACUAUGAAUGGAUUUUGUUUAAUCCUCUUACAACAUAAAAUAUUUUACACUAUCAAUGAACUUAUUUGUGUCUCUUG